GUUUCGUCCAAAAUGGCGGACCAGUUUGGGAUUGAGGAAUUGUUGAAAACGGGAGUAAACGGUACAAUGUUAUAUUUUAUUGGCUUCGUUUAAUAUUCCUCGCAAAUCAGUUAACUGCGUAGGAAGAAGUACGUCGACCCAAGAAAGAUUGCAAAUGGACAUAAGCUAAGCUGAUGUGUCAUGUAUAUAAUCUAAAAAAUAUUGUACAAGUGAUGUGGUAAGGUAAGCUUAUAAGCUGACAAUAAUGUGCAUAUAAUUGACUCUGUAGUUUUUUCUACAUGUCUAAAACACUUCAUUCAUUACAGAAAGAUGAUUCUGUGCUUAAAGGUGGAAUUAUCAAGAACUCAUUCUGGUGAUGCGAGAUUUGCAAUAACAUCAAGCUAAAUUAACCUCAGAAUUGCUUAAGCUUAUACAAUGGAUGCAAGUCACUUUUUUAGCAUUAAGGGCAGCUGAAACUAUACAUGGCUACCACGGAGCAUGGAGACAUGCUUCAAAGUACACAAGAUUCACUGCUUGAAAGCAUAACGCAAAUAGAGAGCAGUAAUCCCGUCAAUAACUACGAAGAACUCAGAUAUUUUGAGCAGUCACAGAAAUGUGGCACUUAUCAAACCAACUCCAACAUAUCCUUUCAAUAUGAGAAUCAGACUGGAAAUUUGACUGAUGAACCAUUAAGGAAUUUUCUGGAACUCCCUGUAACUGAUCCCUUACCGUCUGAAGCCACAUGCUAUGGUGGGCUACUUUUAGUCUGGGGCUGUGGAGAAUUUGGUCAACAUGGCCAUGGGCAUACUGAGGAUGUACCAAGACAGUAUGCUCUAGAGUUUCCCUUGUGGCUAGGUCAUGACAGGACAGUGACGGAAGUAUCUUGUGGGUCUAGUCAUACAAUGGUCCUCACCGGUAAGACCAUAGUUGAAUAAUCUGACAGCUACUAACCUCACUUGAACUUUUUUCUUAAAAUUAUUUUCUCAGCGUCUUGCUAUUCUAAUUGAAAAAAAUUAUAUGAGUAUACAAAAUGGUGAUGUUUUUUAUGACCUCAAACACCUGCGGGUCAGUCAGAUUUGAUUGUUAUAGUUUUUUAUAUAUAUAAUAAAUAAACUUAAAACACCAACUGCACCUUUCUAAAAGUGGCCAGAAUUUGCCUCCAACUGUUGAAUACUUGUUUAUCCAGAGAAUGGGUUUUACCUGCAACAUAGCUAUACUAUUUAGAUCCCUGUGUGAGGAGGGUGUAAGGGUUUGUGGUGAUGCUCGACUUUUUGUUCAAUUUUGUGGAAAUUUUUAUGUUAUGUUGCAGUAUUGUAGUUUUACAAAACCAAACGGUUUGUGGUAUUUAAAAAUUUGGGGGUAAUUUCAAUGUGGUUUACGGUUUUCUUAUGUUAUUCUGUGCGGUGUUUAUAUGUACUUCUGUGCAGUGUUUAUACGUACUUCUGUACAGUUUUGCAGUAUUUGUUCUUCCCUUAUGUCCCCCUCCUGUAUGUUUUCCAUGUUUGUCAGUUUAUUAAGGUGGCUGAACACGGUUUUGGCGGUUUGUGAGUAUACAUCCUUUGCAAAAUCAUGGCAAUAGAAUGGUUGCAGAUAACCAAGCUGAAACUUGGCAAGUGAAAAAUAUACUGAUGAAAGAUUUUUAUUGGCAGGUAAAAUGUGACGUUUUCGUAAUUAUGAAAUGGCCUCCCAUAUCUUACAAAAGAUAUUAAGCAUCUAAUGAGAAAAUGGGACAAACAACAUGCUUGCAAAGAUCCAUGAUACAAAGGUCUUAAACAUGUGGUGCAGAAAAAGCUUCGAUCUGCCUACUACCAGUAUGUAGAAGAUAUUAUUAAUCCAUGCAAUAAUGACAACCCUCUUAAGGUUAACAAGCAUUUCUUUAGUCUACUCAACCACGCAAAAUCCAUGCAAAAUCCAUCCCCUGAAAAAUAACUUUGAUAUCUGAUCCCAAGGGAAAGGCUUCGCUAUUAAACACUUAUUUUCAAUCAGUAUUUACCAGAGAGUCACCACUCAGCCUAAAGGAACAUGGUCAGAAAACGAUCCUUGACAACACACAGGAAGAUAGCUUUCAGUACCCCACAAUGCCAGAAAUCAUCAUUACUCGUGAUGGGAUCAUUAAACUUCUGAAGAGUUUGAAAUCAUGUAAGGCAGCUGGUCCAGAUGACCUCGUGCCUGCUGUCUUAAAAGAGCUAUCCACUGAAAUUGCACCUGUGCUUCAGAAAAUUUACAGCAAAUCCAUUCAAACCCACAUCAUCAGCACUGAGAACUACAGACCAAUCUCGCUGACUUGCAUUUGCAGCAAGAUCUUAGGACAUAUAAUAACAAGCUGCAUUAUGUCCCACCUAGAGGCAAAAAACACCCUUUAUCCAUUACAGCAUGGAUUCUGCGAGAACAGGUCCUGUGAGUCACAGCUUCUUGAAUUCAUCACAGACCUUAUUGACACCCCUCAAAACGCUAAGCAAACCGACGUCAGCAUAAUGGACUUCCCAAAGACCUUUGGCAAGUCCCUCACAACCGGCUAUUGUUGAAACUUAAGUAUUACAGCAUCAGAAACAAUACCUUAGACUGGAUUAAGAACUUACUGAAUAACCGGCAGCAAAAUGUGGCUGUAGAUGGAGAAAGUUCAGCUCCCACCCCAGUUCUUUUGGGCGUCCCACAGGGAUCAGUCAUUGGCCCUACUCUCUUUCUAUUUAUGUCAACUAUUUACCCAAUGGUAUAAAAUCAAAGGUCAGGCUCUUCGCAGAUGAUACCAUCAUGUAUCUCACCAUUAACAAUAGUGACAACUGCCAGCAGCUCCAGAUGACCUAACCCUUCUACAGAAAUAGGGAGAAGAAUGGCAAAUGCAAUUUAAUACCUCAAAGUGUGAAGUACUCUGUGUCUUCCAUGCAUGCACCCAGAUUCCCUUCACUCAUGUAUCGAACGGUGUUCCACUAACAGAGACUGACCAUGCUAGAUACCUUGGCACUCACAUUUCAAAAGAUCUGAAGUGGAAUAAACAUAUUGAUGUAAUCACGGCCAAAGCAAUUCGCUCCCUUGGCUUCCUGAAAAGAAAUCUGAAAGUGUCGUCCAGUUCAUUACGUGAGAAGGCAUAUAUAGGCUUUGUGCGCCCCCAGCUUGGACAUGGCUCUACAAUCUGGGACCCCAGACUAGGUGUUGAAAACAGUGGUGCUCUAGGGUGGAGAUGGUUCCAAGGGAUGCCUCAAGGUGGACUUUAAAGAGAUACCACAACACUUCUAGUGUCACUGAUAUGCUAGAUAACCUGGGCUGGAGAACUCUGGAGCAGAGGAGAGCUGACACGCGGCUUGCACUCCUUUUCAAGAUCUACAACGGACUCAUACCAGUCGAUGCCAGAGAGUACCUGAGACAUCCAACUCUGACGAUCCCAGCACUCUCACAGCUACAGCUUCAUUCCUUUAUCUACCAGUACCUCCUCUCAUCGUGUCUCAUUCUACCCUAGAACAAUCACUCAGUUGAACUGUCUGCCUCAGUCUUUCUUUGAGAAUACUAAUUUACCUAAAUUUAAACAGUCCAUUUCUUCAUUCAAUCACAGUCCUGUAAACUAGAAAUGUACUUUGCAUUUUUCUUUCUUUUUUCUUUUUUCGUAAUAUUUAGCUGACCUCACGUCAUCAAUGUUCGGCUUCGAAGGGUAGGUUUUACUGGUAAAUAAGUAAAAUUACUAAAUAACGUGAAUGAUUGAAUACAACCAAGUAAAAUUCCACUUUUGCUCAGUUUACAUAAAAUUCGCUCAUGAGAUUUUCCUAUAAACUUGCAUACAGCUUCCCAUAAUUGAUCAUCACCAUUUGAAACUUAUUUGACCAAAUUUUAACAGAUGGGUUUUUAGAUAAUCAGUUAUAUAAUAUUAUUGUAAUGUAAUUAUUAAAUGUGUCACAAAAUUCAUCUGUUCAAUAUCCAUUUUAAAGUUCUCAUUAUUUAAAAUACAGUGGAAUCCUGAUUUCUCGAACCCUCGGUUUCUCAAACCUCCCAAUAUCUUGAACCAAACCUUGUUUCCCUUGGAUUUGUUUCACUCAAGCUCUGUAAUAGUAUAUUUAAGGGAAAAUUAAGAGACGUAAAUUUCGAUUGAAUUUAAUUAGCGAUUUUCUGUUUUUACACACGGCGUCCUUGAAAAGCAGGUGUUUUCUUUUAAUCUUUAUUAUUUUAGUUUUUAUCUUAGAUUUUAGAUUAGUUAGGAAGUUAGUUUUUCUAUACGUCAAUGUAAAUGUAUACCUGAAGGAAAUACCGUGUUUAAAUGAAGUUACCUUACCUUACCUUACCUUACCUUAAUUUCACCCCCGAUUUCUCGAACCCUUGAUUUCUCGAAACACCCGAUAACUCAAACCAAUUUUGGCUCCCGUGGAACAAAAUUGACCCUCAAUAACUCGAACCUGCAAAAAUUUCGAAACCACUUAGUACGGACAUCAAUUACAUUCAUGCCUUUAAACAAAUUGACAAUUCCAGAUAAGCUGUUUUCUUGCAUUUUAAUCACUCAACAAGCCACAAAUCCAUCUGUCAUCAGUCUGAAAGGUACAAUGACUGUGUUCUGUUAUGUUCUAUUUUUGUUUUUUAAGUACAGUAUGUUUUGUUUAUGAAUGAAGGUCAAGAUCUACAUCAAAAAGGAUGUAUUUUUGUUAAAAUUUGAACACUUACUCAUAAUCACACAAUAUCCGACCAAUUAAGCAUAAUUUGAUGCCACUUUUGAUAUCUCGAACUCCCGAUUUCUGAAACCAAUUUGCGUUUCCUCUGGAGGUUCGAGAAAUCAGGAUUCCACUGUGUGAUAAAAAUAAAAAUUCUGCCAAAAAUCACAACAUUUUAAUGGGUAGAUUUUGAGAAAUCGUCUUCUGUUUACCACUGCUUUUUUUGUUGCCAUGUUUGUUUGUCUAAUUUAACCCAUUCACCCCUAAGCCGCCUGUAACUGAGUAUGCCGAUCCACGUCUUUUCUACUGCUUGUGACGUCAUCAGUUUUAACCGUCAAGGGCAACUUUGUCCACUAACGCCACCAAAUGAAGCCCACCAAAUGUCCAGCAAGAGAAAAAAAAUGAGGAAAGAAAAGCGAAAAAAGAGGGAAGGAGAAAGCAAAAAGUAAAAUCUCAAAAUUUUGCUUUCUGUGCAUUCCCGAACUACACAAGCUAAUAUUUUGCAUCUGGAUCAGAAGGCCGUAAAGUGUAUGACCUGUAAACGGUUUUGUGGUAAGUUUUACCCCUUUAUAGCAUGACAGUGACCAGAAAAUCACUUGACUAGCUUCAAAAUGCGUUUUUCAGCAAAAUCUCCAGAAGCAAAUGGGUUAAGCAAAGUACCAAGCUUUUUGAGAAAAAUCCACCUUUCAGCAUAAAACAACCAAAUCUGUCUAUUUAAUGUAAAAUCAGGUGAAAAAGUCGGUAAAAGGUGAUUUUUAGGUUUUUUGAUUAAAACACAUGCCGUCACGCGAGUUACUGUUGACCACCGGCAAAGCUGUGUUCAGCCACCUUUACAGCUCUGAAUUGAGUUUGUAACCCCAAGUCAUUAAAUUGAAAUUUGUUGUAAAUGUACAUGAAGGUCUCAUACAAGUAAAUAAGAUUAAAAGAAUGACAUCUUUACUGAAAAAAGUCCUCACUGAAAUACAUAUAAAAUUCUAAAGUGGCAGAUUGUUUCACCAAAAGGUCCUUAUUAUCUAUAGAACAAUGUGACAUUACAUUGACAUUGUGAUACACUUGGACACUUAAGUAUUUGCUAUUUAUUAAAAGACUGCAUGGUGAUAUUCUGAUAAAAUUUUGCAUCAACAACCUUUCUCUUGGGAAAGAAUUUCACACAGAGGCAUCAUUAAGUACAGCCAGCAUUAGUUCUUCUAGUGUACAUUCUGUGCUAAUUUAUUGUCUUAAUUGGACAACAAAACAACAAGUGAGUGGGUACAAAGGUAUAUUGAUUUUGGUGACAUAUUAACUUGAAAUUCACCUUGUCAUGAAUUAUCCCUCCACCCAUUGCCCUCCUUCAAACAAGGUGCUACUAACUACUGCUACUGUUCUUAUAUAUUAGAUGAUAAUAAGGUGUACAGUUGGGGCAACAGUAACAGUGGCCAGCUAGGCACAGGGGACAUAGAGACAUGUGCACAUCCUCGCCUAGUUCACCUGGGUGUGUCUUUAGGUACCAAACUGAAGGGAAUCACAUGUGGAACACGACAUAGCUUUGUAUGGACACAAGAUGGAGACUGUUUCAGUUUUGGCAAUAACUACAGUGGACAAUUAGGAUAUGAUUUCCGGAAACCUGACUUCAAGGAAAAUCAGGUCUUGAGUUUCUUGUUAUCUAAUUCCAUUCUCCUAACUACUGACUCUAUUAUCACAACUUAUAUAAUGCAUAGAACUCACGUAUGUGACCUUGGAAUCUGCCUUGAAAAAAUAUCUAUUUGGCAGACUGUUAAGCAUUAAAUUUUGUUUGAAACAUUCCUUUCUUUACACUUACGUCUACUAAUAUUAAAGUUGUUUUUAAUUGUGGCUUAUUAUUAUAACUUAUUAUUCCAUACUAUUGUAUGGCUACAAUAAUACGCACACUCUGAUUGGCUGCUAAGUGGGCAUUAUUGUCUUGUAAUGACUGGGCAUUACUAGCUAGGUGUCCAAGGUAUAUGGGAUAUAUACAAUCUGUGUUAAACUUGAUAGUGAACAUCCUUGUUAUGGUCAACUGACAGCUGUCAAAAAGGGUAAGCGCUGACCAGUGUCACAUGACUGUACCACAGGCUCAAGUAUACAACUCCUUCAGAUGAUGUGUUUUUUUAGAGCUGUCCACUAACAAGUUACUAUCACAGGCUCAGGUCCAUAAUGAAAUUAGGCGGUAUGACAAAUAACUUAUUAAUUCGGUCAUUACAGGGAAAUCUCAGACCUCAGCCUUGAUGUUUUGACCUCUGUAUCACUCAGUCAAUACAUCAAGGCCUCGGUCUGAGAUUUGCCUGUAAUGACCUCACUCGCGGUUAAUAAGUGGUAUAUAAUUUUAUUAAAUGGUCAGAUGCAUUAAGUCAGGAAAAAAUAUUGUUGAAGUUACAAAAAAAAUGUUGAUUUAUAAAUGCAUAUGUCUUGUGUGCUUAAUAAGCCCUUUCAAAAACUUGCAUAUAUAAGGCUUUUCAUUUUAAUAUCAUUAACUUAUAUUGAUUUUAUAAGUGUUUUGUUUUCACAUCUGUAGCUACGACCAGUUUUUGUGGAUACUCUGUUGCGUCGUCCAGUAUCUCAAGUUGCCUGUGGUUCACGUCAUUCCAUCUUUUUGUUCACAAAUGGUCAAGUGGCAGCUGUUGGUGUUAACAACAGAGGUCAGAUUGGCUGUGGUGAUACAGUUGAUGUUGUGUGUGCUAAGACAAUCCCAGAAAUACCACCAGUCUCAGUGAUUGCAUGUGGUAACAGUCAUACUCUUGCUGCUGAUGGUAUGUUUCUUUAACAUGAAUUUGUAAGAGGUUAUUUUGUCAUUUGCAACCCUUUCUGUUUUUGCUUUUUAGGUGAUGACCAUUCCUUUUGCAAAGUUUAGUUCACCAACCUUGGAACCUUACUGCAUUCAUUAUCAAAAAAUGUUUUAAAAAAAUACAAAUGAAAAAGCACCUCUGGAACCAAUAUUGAAAGGUUUUUUUAACUUUCAAAAAGAGAUUUUAUUUUUUCAUUUGUUUUAUAUCUCCACAUGUAUGUUACCUCUACUUACUAUGGUCAUUUGCUACAAAAAAGAAAUAAAAAUACAGGAGACAAAAUAAGUUACCAGAAAAAAAUACUAAUGAGGAGACCUAAAAGAAACUAGAAAGCUAGAGGUGCUCAAAUAGAAUCAGUAUCUUACUGAAGUCACUAAAAAAGUGAAGUAUUUCUAGGGAACUGCCAUAAUAAAUCAGUCCCUGUUAAAUAAAAUGGGAUAUUAUUUUUUGGCCUUGCUGAAACAAUAAGAUGCAGUACCAUGGCAAUAGCAAUUGCCAUGGUACUGCAUCUUGUAUUGUAUCUAAAGGAUUGAUCCCUUUAGAUACAAAGCUUUGUUUUUUCAAAAAUGCAGGGCUGCCAUUAAGAGGUGGGGACUGGGGAUUUCCUCUGGCUACUAUGAACGUGGUCCCCGGUUACUUUCAAAGGAAAAUAGAAGAAACAUAGAAUCAAAAGAAACCCCUUGCUGUUUGAUUCCUUGCCUACUGGUUGUAUUUACCUGGCAACUUGACAACUUAGUGACAACCCUGAGAAUGUGAACUCGAUGGAACAUUAUCUUGGAAUGACUUUUGACUUAAAGAUGAUCCAACCUUUGUUUAGAUGCAGUGAGUAGAUGUGCUUUGUUUGUCUAAUUUCUCUUUAUUGGUAGUAUAUGGACAUGUUUAUGCCUGGGGUUAUGGUAAAGCAUGUGGAUUCAAGACAGAUGUCUUGUCACCGUUAUGUGUGUAUUCAUGCACAAAACAUGAUAAACUAUUAGACAUGGCUGGUGGAGACUCUCACUCAUUGAUUCUUCUUUCAAGUGGAACAAUUUAUUCCUGGGGUAAUAAUUUUGAGGUAAUGUUGAUGGAAAAUGUACUAAUUAUCGCACUUUAUAUUUCUGCUGGACUUGAAUCAAAGUAAAAAAUAAUAUUAAAUACACAUCAAGAAAGAACACAGCCAGUUUUUACUUUAACUGCAUAAGUAAAAAUUGUUGCCUCAAAUCGUUUACAUACAUUCAAAACAAAUCUCCAAUACAUCAUUUCAUGUUUUUUUUUUUCAAAACCACUGAAAAGAGUGCCUAACAUUAGUAAAUCUGCCAAGUUUGAAAGUGGUAUGUCUAAAGCAACCGAAGGUGUAGCUCCAUCUAGUCAGUUAUGAAAAUAAAUUUACAGACUUGAUGUAUGGUGGGGAGCAAGUUGUUGCCCCCCCCCCCUCCCCACCGUUCAAACUUCCACAAAUUUUGUGACUUUGUGGAGAUUUAUGCCUUCGUUCCUUUUCGACAAAUCUCUCUCAAACUUAGUACUUUUUCCUAUUUUAAGGCAGCGGUGGUGGCUGACUUUUAAUACCUUGUCCAUGUCAAAAGUUGAGAAAAUCGGAGAAGGGUUUAUUUUUAAAGUUUACCAAAUGUUGUCAGCAAAAAAAGAAAGAUUUCUGCCGAGAAAAGUUUUGUAAUAGUAAAUUCCCUAAUUGCUCUGCGCCGUUGCAGCUCAUUUAGUUUCUACAAACAUGAUGACAGUGGUAUAUUGUUUGAUUUUUUUGAGAGAAGAAGCAGUUUGUUUCACAAAGAACAACAAUAUAAAUUUGUUGUGGCCAUAUUGAACAUCAGUGUCAUAACGCUGCACAUUUAUUAUAGGGCUUUUUCAAAGAGUGUACAAUAACUCUGGAAUCGUAACUAAAUAAUUGUUCAUUGGCGUAGGGUCAACUAGGACAAGGAAAGUCUGUGAAGUUUGUUAGUCACCCAAGAGAAUUGUGCUUCAACCUUCUUCCAGGAAAAGUUACUAAUGUAUCUGUUGGAGAAAACACUUGUGCUGCAGUAACUGGUAAGUUAGCAGUUACAAAAAUACUGCAGCUGCGGUACAAUACUUAAUAAUAUUAUUUCUUUCCAGAAUCAGAAAGGUAGCCACAAAAAAACGAUUUGAUUGACACAUGUGCUUGGAGAGGUAAACAUUUCAUGCGCAAAAGUUAGAUCUCUAGAGAAUAAUUCAAACAUGGCAAAUGAUAGCUAACAAAUCAGAUUGCUUAAAACACAACGAUCACUGUACUAGAGCUUUUUUUGUCGCGUGUGUCGGGAUGCUUUCGGUGUCGGCCACAUAAAAGGUCACUGAGUGUGUAUGACUAUAUGAAACAGGUUACUACCAUCUGAGACUCUAUUACCGCUGUUUGAAGAAGUCUGUAACUUAAAGCGACAUUUUGUGAUCACUUACAACUUAUUCGUUUCAUUACAGAUGAUGGCAAGUUAUAUAUGUGGGGUAAAAACUCUAAUAAUGUGAUCCGAGAUGAUGAAAAUGGCAGGUUUUUUCAGUUUGAACCUCACCUGGUUUCUCUAGGAGUGUGGAAGGCAUUGAAGGUAAGUUGUACUAUCUUUUAUUCAAACAGCACUUUAGAAUGCUAAAUACUGGGGAGCCCUGGCAGUAUCCACAUACCUUCUCCAGACUGAUCUCCAUACAUUGCUAGCUGGGAAAAUUAAUGUUGAUCACUCUUGGGACUUAAAGGAUUAAAAUUAUUAGUACCACGAUUUCUUUCGAAGGAAGUAUUGGAGUUUUUGUUUUUACGGUUUAACAAUCACGCUGCCAACCAGAAGCGCGUUGGUUCUUGAAACAAAAGAUUCUUUUGUUUCACUCGUUACAAACUGAAAUAACAAACAUAAUGUUUGUAGACAAUGAUGUCUCCUAUAUGAUAUAUCGUUUCUUUUUUUCUGUUUUUACCGUUUUUUAGUUAUUCUUUCUUUGGUGAAGUUUUGGCAUGUUGCUAUAUUCGUGAAAUUUGGCACAAUUUCUGCAAUGUUUUGACUUAGUCACAAAGACGUCUAAAUACAAAAUUAUUUCGAAAGUCUUAAGUGGGGUUUGUGAAUUUGAUCCUUUUUUAUCGUUGAGGUCUUCGAAUUUUUUUUGUUUGGAUUUUCUGUGGGUUUUUGUUUUACGUUAGUCAGCCCAAUGUCCCAUCUCUUCCCCAAGUGCACGAGUUGCGAUCAAGAGUGAUUGCGGUUGUUACAUGUCUACACUCACAACCUGUCCUCGAUGUUAUGUAAAGUGUGGAUUGUGACUUUCAAAUCUUGUUUUUUACUCUGCUUUAUCUAGGUGUCUUGUGGCUCUUGGCAUGUUGCUUGUGUGGUAUUUGCGGCUCAAAAACACCUGAUAAAUGAGGCUGACCAAGAAAUAUCUGAAACUGCUAAAAUUAUUGCCAACAGUGAACUGGAUACCGACCUUAAAUCUAGCGUAUGCAGCGUAUGUGAGACUAAUGGUAAGCAGCUCUUGGAAGAAGGAGAGUUUGCAACAGCAUCUGCAAAUGAUCCACCCAGGGAAGAAGGCUUUCCAAUCAACUUUAACAAAGAAGAAGAAAACGUUUUCGCAAAUAACUUAAUUGUUGGGGAAGAAAAUGAAGCAGAAGAUGCAUCAUUGGAACCUUUUGAUUCUAGCAAAGAUUACUGUGUAGAAACACAACACCACAGAGAAACGGAUGAUAAUUCAACUGCUGAAGAGUUUAAUAGUAAAGCUGAUGCUGAUGCUGAUGUUGAUACUAAAACUGAGAUUAUUGGUGAUGUUACACGUAAGACCUCCACGACUGGGGUCAACAAUACAACAAUAAACUUAAGCUUUGAAGAAAAACCUACGAACCUCUUAAAGGAAAGAACUCAUUCUGAUACAAGUGAAGAAAUCAAAGAAAAAUCUGUAGUUCUUUUAAAGGAAAGAACGUAUUCUGAUACAAAUGAAGAAAAUAAAAAAAAACCUGUGGUUCAUUCACAGGAUAGAAAUUACUCUGGUAGAAAUGAAGGAAUCAGUGAAGAAAAACCAAGUGUUAUUGAUACCUUGCUUGAAGCUGCAGAGGAUGACACAGAAAGACCAGCUUUUAUCGACAAAAUUCCUAGGGAGAACUCUGGAGAUGAACCGGGCCCAUCUAAAGAACAAAAACGUCCAAAUAUUAACCUUAAUCAACUAGCUAACGAGCAAGAACAUUGUGUUCCUAAAGAAGAAAAAGUCGCUAUUGAACGACAACCAAAUGCUGGUCUGUUUACUAGAACGAGAGCUUUGUCCGAGCAAGCUAGCAAUAAAGGCUAUCUUAGUGGAUCUCUUGACAGUAUAACAGUCUUAAAUCAACAAGACAGUAAAGGAAGAGCUUCCAGGUCUAGUCGUGUUUCGUACAGCCCUCCCACUAACCCACGCAACUCAGUAGGACAUUUAACCAGAGAGAAAAGAGCCCCCAGAAUGUUACGUCAGGCAUCAUUUGAUAUGGUAUGUCACGUUCCUAUCUAGUCACCAAUGUGAUCCCCACUAAAAGAACAUGUAAACAUGAGAAAGGAAGAAAGGGAGCGAGCGAGCGAGCGAGCAAGCACGCACGUGCAUGCCGGCAUAUGGUGGGCCUAGCCGAAUUAACUUGAAGGGUUUUAGGAUAACAAAAAUACAGCCAGGAGAUAGCCUAUUUGUCGUGUGCUGGAACCUGACCCGCUCUCUCAGGAUGCCGACAUGGAAUUUCCUUUGAGGCCUCUGUACUCAUUCGUUGAAAAAAUAAUUUUCAUUUUUUGUUGUGCAAUCAAUGGAUUGACUCUCAUUUUCCCUCAAAUAACAAUAUAAACGUUUUUUGUAGAUGUUGCCGUUAUUAUCACCGAAAACAUGACACUGUGUCUCAAAAGAACAUUCCAUGACACCAAGAACCAGACAGUCUAGUCAGAUUUCACUAUCGCAUGAACCACUUCUGUUAUAACUUAUAUUUACGUUAUCUUCACAUAGGAAUACCAGUUACCUAACCAGCCUGUGCACACUGUGGAUAUUAGUAUGUCACCCUCUGUCCUUCGUCAAGGAUAUCCUUCCAUGAACAGAACUCAAUCUAGUCCUACUCUGUAUUCAUCAAAUUUGAUCAGAAGUCCACUUAGUGCCCGAAAGAAAAGCUCGCUGGGGAAUAAGGUUCCUAGGCCUCCUAAAGUUUCAACUGGCACUGAUGACAGUCUCCCACCCAGGCCCCAAGCUCGUGGUAUAAGACGAUCCCUUGAAUUCAACCCAAUGUUUUCAUCCGGGACAUCUUGGAGGAAGAGGUAGUGAUACUUGGCUCUAAAUGGUCGAAUACUGCGAUAAGAAAUAAAUUUGUUUUGUUAAGCUGAAUUGCCAGUCAGUGAAUUAUUUUGAUAGGGAAGUGGUCCGUAUUCGAUACCAAAGUGUAGUUUUUAUAAGAAGAUUUUAUAAGGUAUCUAGAAGAGGAGUUGCUAUUUGGGACGUGGAUAGGGUUUGCUGGACAAAUAUGGCUCCGGGUUAUGACUGAGUUCCUGGUAGAAGGAGAUUUGCAGUCAGGCGGCUUUAUUGUGAAAAAGCACCUGUUUCUGAUUUGAAGUUGCUUUUUGCGUAAUAUGGUACGGGAAAGUUCGAUGUGGCAAAAUGUUAUCACUAGUACUCACAGCCUAACUUGAGCUGGGUCUUACAGCCUCUUUCUUUCAUCUCAGUCACUAGUAGUAUCCAAUGGUUUCGUAUUGACUUUACGGAGUUUAAAAAAGUACUGUAACUUUUGUUGGCUGACGUGUAGCUAACUAUAUUCUUAAGAACACCAAUAUAGUAAAAUUUGUGGUAAAGUUCACUCAAUAUACUUAUUGGAAGGUAUGGAAACGUUGUAAUAUUUUGCUCAGCUUAGCUCUUUAGGUGAUGUAUGACCUAUGAGCACGGGAGUCCUUUUUCGUUCGCGUGUGUCUCCACCUGGGGACGAUGUCAAUGGCUAUUUUCGCAAGUGGACAACCGUGAAUACAUAAAUUAUAAUUGGAAACAUUUUAGUAAGUUUCAACACUUGUGUGGACCCAGGCCUCAGCUUUUUAUGCCUGUGAGCCAAUUGAAUUCGCACCUCGCCUUAUCUGAAGAUAGUUUCAUUUUAUGUACCAGGAUACUAACAAGAACAUCGCGUGAAAUAAUGUGUAUUAUACCACUACAUGAUAAAUUUCUGCAAUUUGAUUGGCUUAGAGCAGUGGUAUUUCAGCUUAAUUUGAAAUACCUACAUGUGAAAAUUACAAACCUUUUGCGGGUAGUGGUAUAAACAAAUAAUAGCAUGAUUUGUCGUGUUAUUUGGCAAAAAUACCGCUCGUGAUAUUUCAAAAUUGUCUCAAAUUUCACUCGCCUAACGGCUCAUGAAAUUACGUAUAACAAUUUCGAAAUAUCACUCGUGGUAUUUAUGCCAAAUAUCACUACAAAUCAUGCUAUUACCCAUACUUACUAUACUUUAAAAUUACAGACUAGCCCUUUAUCAUUAUCGUCGGAUUUACUAGCUCCGGCCCCACGCAAACGUUCUCAUGGCUUCGUCACCGUUCCAUCCCCACGAACGCGGCCCACUGAAAAGAGCAGCGACAUUCGUUCUGGGUUUACGGACCAAUCAGAGCCAGUUUUCUAACCAGGAUCACCAGACAUUCGUGGGGAAGGAAGGCGUGACGAAGCCCUAAAAAUGUGUGCGUUGGGGGCUACGAAUUUACAAAUCCAGCCACAGCGUGUUAUGAAUGGUCUGUUAUUUAUUUUUUCACAGGAUCAGUUAUUUAAUAACUCUUUUUACUUGAGACCAAAAGCCGGGGCUAGUUUUUUUAUAAUUCAGCAAGAUUUUUAUACUUUUGUGGCAAGUGUUUCUAUGCUGGGUACAAUAUAG